AUGGUGUGCGGUGUGCGAGUCCAAUCCUGGAUCAACUUGGUGGCUUACGCAGUGAACCUGGGUGUCACGUAUGGCUCCUUAACAGGGGCCUUUGGCAAGACCAACACCGAGUUGAGCGAAAAGUACCAGACCCUGGUCACUCCUGCUGGCUAUGCAUUUUCCAUCUGGGGGCCGAUCUUCAUUUGGGAGGGCGUCUUCGCAGUGGCACAAAUGUUUCCAACUUUAGGUAGCAGCGCUGUUGUCGAGACCAUGACACCCUGGUGGAUUUGCGCAUGCUGCUUCCAAGUUGCCUGGACUGUGUUCUUUGCACAGGAGAUCAUUCCUGUGUCUCUUGCCUGUAUGCUAGGCAUUCUCCUAAGUUUGCUCAUCGGGAUCCUCCGCACAGACUACCUGCCAGACAUCUCAGUGAAGGAGUACUUCUUGCUGCGGGUAUCGCUUUGCACUAUCGCAGUCCUUGUGGCACUCUUUGCUUUGGCAGCUCCAAGGGCGGAUCCCAUCAUUCCUUUGGUGGCUUGUUGGGCGCUCUUGGGUAUUUUCAAUGAACUUGGAAACCCCGAGAACCUCAUGAACGAUGCCAAAUGGAACUUCAUCGACUGGCCACACUGGGUCUUGGAGGCGGUGAGGCAAACCGCUCUGGUGCUGAGUGUAGCCAGUGCCGUCGGAGCCGCAGUGGCAAUUGUUCGUAGUGUUUGGACCUGCAAGGCAGUGAAGCGGCAAAAAAUCAUUCAUGGCUGA